UGGAUCCUCACGAAUUUCAGUGCAGAGAAGAAGAAGGAGGGAAAAAAAGAAAACUCAAAGCGCGAGCGGCGGCGAGAAUUUAUCGAUACCUCAUAAAAUAGUACUACACACCCUGUGCUGAAAAUGCUCGUUCGUUUGUUUUGAACUUUGGAACUAAUAACGAGAAUAUCACUGAUAUAGACUGCACUGCAAUAUAUAAAGGGCCGCGAGUCCUUGAACCCUGCUGUCACCAUGGCCGUCUGGAGUCUAAGUUGUGUUCUGCUUGUGCUUCCAGCCUUGUCCUGUGCUAGUGGAAUAAGAUGGUGCACAAUCUCGGAUCAAGAGAGGAACAAAUGUACCGCCAUGGCGAAGGCAUUCUCGGACGCGGGUAUCGGCCCUGGCUUACAGUGCGUCAGCGAUACUUCAGUUAUUGGAUGCGCGCGGAAACUCACGAGCAAUCACGCGGACGCGUUUUCAAUGAGCGCUAAAGACGUGUACACCGUCGGAAAGGACAUCACCUUCAAAGUGGCUGCCGGAGAGUCUGACGCAAAGGGCACCGCGACCACCUACCACGCGGUGGCGGUGGUGAAGAAGAGCAACUCGGCGAUCAACAUCGACAACCUGAAGGGGAAGCGGUCCUGCCACACCGGCAAGGCCCGCACGGCCGGCUGGGACAUGCCCGUCGGCUACUUGAUUGACAGCGGCCGGAUGUCCGUCAUGGGCUGUAACAUCCCGCAAGGCGUGGCGGACUUCUUCUCGGCCAGCUGUGUCCCGGGGGCCCAGGCCGACCCCCCCUCCCUGUGCCAGCUGUGCGUCGGAGACGGCGCGGGACAGAACAAGUGUUCCGCCAGCGCCAGCGAGCGAUAUUACUCCUACGAGGGGGCCUUCAGGUGCCUGGUGGAAGGGGCAGGGGACGUGGCCUUUGUGAAGCACACCACAGUCAAGGAGAACACCGACGGUAACAGCAAAGAACCGUGGGCCCUGAACCUGCUGUCGACGGACUACGAGCUGCUCUGCAGAGACGGGCGCAGGGCUCCGGUGACAGAGUUCGAGAAUUGUAGCCUGGUUCGAGUCCCCGCCAGGGCGGUCGUGGCCCGCAGCGAGGUCGACAGCUACGUGGUCUACAACAUGCUACACGAGGGAGUGCUAAAAUCCAAGUUCCCCAUGUUUUCUUCUGCGGCGUAUGGGGGCAAGGACCUGAUGUUCAGCGACACGUCCGAAGCAAUCAUCCUCGUUGACAUGGAGUACAAGCCGUGGAUGGGUUUGAGGUACUACAACGCACUAAGAGCCACGGACUGCGCAUCUGAUACCCCAGAAUUCCUGCGGUGGUGCGUGCUGUCCGACGCCGAGCAGAGGAAGUGCGUGGACAUGGCGGACGCCUUCCACCAGAGGGCGCUGACUCCCAAGAUUCAGUGUGUUUACGGGGACUCCAUGGAGGAGUGCAUGCAGAAAAUACAGAACAAGGAGGCUGAUGCCAUCACUCUGGAUGGAGGCUUCAUCUACACCGCAGGAAAAAAGUACGGCCUGGUACCUGCAUCAGGAGAGAGCUACACAGGAGACACCGACGGCAGCGUGUACUACGCCGUGGCCGUGCUGAAGAGGGACAACAUGAACAUUCACUCCUUCGGCGAGCUGCAGGGGGCGACGUCCUGCCACACGGGCUACGGCAGGACGGCCGGCUGGAACGUCCCCAUGGCCGUGCUGAUGGAGAAGGGUCUGAUCGAGUCGCAGAAGUGCCAGAUGCCCCAAGCUGCCGGAAAGUUCUUCAAGGCCAGCUGUGUCCCGGGAGCCAAUCAGCCCGGAUUUCCCAGCAACCUUUGCGCCCAGUGCAUCGGAGACAGCAGUGGCAGCAACAAGUGCGAGAGAGACAUGGAUCGCUACGACGGCUACAACGGAGCGUUCAGGUGCAUGGUGGAAGGUUCUGGACAGGUGGCUUUCGUCAAACACUCCACAGUGUUCCAGAACACUGACGGUCACUCCAGUGAGCCGUGGGCCGUGAACCUGGAGUCGCGGGACUUCCACCUGCUGUGCCCUGACGGGUCGCGGGCAGAGGCGACGCAGUACGCCCACUGCAACCUGGCGAGCGUGCCCUCCCACGCCGUCAUGGUGCGGCCCGACACCAACGCCCACGCCGUCUUCGGCCUCCUCGACAAAGCGCAGGCGUUUUAUGGCAACGAUGGCGGAUCUGGGUUCCGCAUGUUCGACUCCACGAAGUACGGCGGGGCCGACUUAAUCUUCAAAGACUCCACGGUGAAGAUGAUCGGCGUGGCGGACAAGAAGACCUACACGGACUGGCUGGGGCAGCACUACAUAGCGUCUCUGGAGGUGAUGGACUGCCCAUCCUCUGCCACAGCUCUGUCCUCGCUGUCCCUGGUGCUGGUGGCUCUUCUCUCCUCCCUCCUCACCCUGCUCUCCAUGUGAGAGGAGCCCGGGGUCCCGGGCCGACCCCUCCCACCCCCUCCGCACGGCACGGACCGCAUCAACACCUCCACCAAUCACAGACGCACACUCAACCUCAGGCUGGACAGCUGCUGUCCUCACGGGUCCAUCGUCGUCCAGUGAGGAGCAGUUACCUGCAACCAAGCUGGAUAAAUUACUUCAUUCCCAACGCUUAACCCUUUUAACACCGAUUAGUGUCCUGCAGAUGGCACACAAUUUUAAAGAAACUAAUUAUUUUAAACGAAUUAUAAUUUCACUGAUUUUACUGAGAAAAUAAUUUACUUGCCUGUGAUUGGUCAGUAAAGCUUGAAAUUGAAAAUUCUCAGGAAUCUGCGAGAGGGUUUUCAAAUUUAACUGCCAAAAUAGUAUUUGAAAUUUAACUGCCAUCUAAUACAUAAGUCCUGACCUACAGACAGUUAUGACCAAAUGGGGAUGGAUUUUUUUGGGGGGGGUUUUGACGGGUGGGUGGAACUGGAAGUGUGAAGGGAGCACAUUGAAAAGACGGCGACCAGCGAGCCAGGCGGGUGUUGAGAGAAAGAGCUGCUUACAUUAUUAUAAGUGUUAUACGCGUCGCCUAACGAUGGUUUUCCGUCAGCUCGAGGGUGAAGCCACGUCAGUGCGCGUGCUUUACCUGUUACGUGCGCGUUUACUUCCCGAACGUGCUUUUAUUAGGUCUUCGCUGAGUUGAGAUGUUUUUGGAAAUUACUUGAAGGCACUUGCCAUAUCAGGGAAUAUGCAGUGUCUUCUGCUUUCUCCCUGGCUUGCACUAGUUUUCGUUGCGUGUGUAGGCAGAUUUUGUGACUGACUGACAGUGGUACGCACACCAAAAAAGAAAAGAGAUUAAAAUGGAAAUUUUUAAUUUUACGUCGUAACAAAAAUCUGUACCUAGAAAUAGAUACGAUAGAUACGAUAUUGUCGCGCAUUCAAUCUGCGCACAGAGUAUUUUAUGACAUUUCUACAAUUCCAGCACCUUGGAUGAUAUUGGAGAUGAUGGUGAUGAUGAUUAUGAUGAUGAUAAUGUUGUGAAGUGCAGAAUCAGCCUCUGAGCCAGUGAUGUUCAGUCGAAAAAGCAGCUUGGUCUGCCUGCAGUCAUACGGCACCGAUGCAUUCUGGGAGCCAAGGCCCUGUCUCUUUGAGAGUGUCCCUUUGUCAGGUGACCCCCAAGCUUUUAAAAAGCCAAAUGAUGGAGCUCUGGAAUCAGAAUAACCCAUGAACUGGCCCCGAACAUCAGAAGGCAACGGCUGCGAUGACGUGGCCAAGAUGGUCAGAUCGAGUCAGAUUGCUUUUUCACAUACUGAUUUGAGAACCAGUGCUUUGUCUUUCCUUAGCGAGCUACAAAAUGUACCUGCUGACACUGCGAUGCCAUGGUAACAUGUCUGUCGCGCUACUGGGAUCUGGCGGACAUUUUGACCGGGCGCUGCCUCUAACCGCUGAUUUUGCACUGAAACUAAAAUGCGUUGCUGUGCGCUUGUACUCCACACACUGUAUGGAAAUCAGGAAUGGGCUACUAUCCACAUUUAUCUGUGCUUGAUUUUUUUAUAUGUAAUAUUGAGAGAGAUUUAUUUUUAUAAGAUGUUCAGAUACCAUAUCAGUGUAUAUGUACUGACUCACUGCUGUCUUUCUUUUAUCAAAUUUUUUUUUCUUCUUUUUUUGGAAAAUUUGAGCAAUUUGUUGGAUGAAAUGAAUAUUCACGUAACUAAUAUUUAGUUGCCUGGGCAGUGAAUCUCCUUUAGUGGGCUAUUGCUACAUACUCUAUGUUACUAUUGCUACAUACCUUCUUUGAGUUUUCUGACACAUUAUUGAUUAAGAUUAUUAUCUGAUUCUGAUCCUUUAUCUUUUAAUAAAGAAGCAUAACGAC